UCACGAUGCCGCUGGCUGAAGUUGAAGAGAAGUUUUGACAAGCUGGUCAAAGCUCGCUGGAGGCGGAUUCGAAACCAGCGUGUAACUUUUACGAAAAAAGGAUUCAGGGCAGCCAUUUCCUGUGGGGAAAAGAUGGAAUCUGUCGCUCAGAAAGUGCUAUCUUCAAAAUUUACUCUCGACUUGGGUCCCCUCAAAGAGCCUUUGGCGUUUAUCCGGUUGCUCGAAUGGGUGUUCACAAUAUUUGCCUUUGCCACAACUGGAGGCUACAGCGGUACUACCAGCGUCAAUGUCCAGUGCCCUGGCAGCCAGAUCCAAGAAAUCCAUGCAGACUUCAACUACCCAUUUAGGUUAAUGGCGCAUCCAUAUGAGGUUCCUACCUGUGUUGCCAAUGACACCAAGCCAGUGGUAUAUUACCUGACUGGAGACUACGCAUCGUCGGCGCAGUUUUACGUCUGCAUUGGAGUGUUGGCAUUUCUUUACAGCACUGCCACCCUCGUUGUCUAUUUGGGCUUCCAGCAUCUGUACAGAGGAUCCACCCGUGGCCCACUUGUGCUUGGCUGUGAUCGACUGCGCCACAGAGGGAAGCGAGCCGGAGUGCAGGUCAAGGACCUGCUGGUGACUGCAGCCUUUGCAUUUAUGUGGCUGGCUUCCUCCUCCGCUUGGGCCAAAGGCUUAUCUGACGUGAAGUGGUUCACCAGUCCAUCAAUCAUUCUUACCUUUCUCAGCGUGUGCAAGGACACCAACAGCAAGUGUACAGCUGGCGCAACACCUCACAUGGGUCGACUAAAUGCCUCGGUGAGGAAAGGCGGACGUGACUGAGGACAGCAUGCGGACGUUAAAGGGGGAAGGGUGCGCGUGAAAGAGGAUGCUAAAGGCACGCCCCCAGUAGGUAUAUAGCGCCGGUAUGUGCAUUGUGCAAAACAUCAGUUUGGCAACUGUGAAGCAUGGGGGUGGAAACAUCAUGCUCUGGGGCUGUUUUUCUACAACCCCAAUUCCAAUGAAGUUGGGACGUUCUGUUCAACUUAAAUAAAAACAGAAUACCUAUAUUUAAUUGAAUACGGUACAAAGACAAGAUAUUUAAUGUUCAAACUGAUAAACCUUUUUUGUUUUUAGCAAAUCAUUAACUUAGAAUUUUAUGCCUGCAACACGUUCCAAAAAAGCUGGGACAGGUUCAAAGGUGAUCAUUCAAUAAACGUUUGGGAACUGAGGACACUCAUUGUUGAAGAUUUGUAGGUGGAAUUCUUUCCCAUUCUUGCUCGAUGUACAGCUUCAGCGUUCAACAGUCCGGGGUCUCCGUUGUUGUAUUUUACGCUUCAGAAUGCGCCACACAUUUUAGACAGGUCUGGACUGCAGGCAGGCCAGUCUAGUACCCGCACUCUUUUACUAAGAAGCCAAGCUGUUGUAACACGUGCAGAAUGUGGUUUGGCAUUGUGUUGCUGAAAUAAGCAGGGGCGUCCAUGAAAAAGACGUUGCUCGGAUGGCAGCAUAUGUUUCUCCAAAACCUCUAUGUACCUUUCAGCAUUAAUGGUGCCUUCACAGAUGUGCAAGUUAUCCAUGCCAUUGGCACUAACACAGCCCCAUAUCAUCACAGAUGCUGGAUUUUGAACUUUGCGUCCAUAACAGUCCGGAUGGUUCUUUUCCUCUUUGGCUUGGAGGACACAAGGUCCACAAUUUCCAAAAACAAUUUGAAAUGUGGACUCGUCGGACCAUGGCGUUUCUGGGUGUUGUGGAUAAAUGGCUUUUGCUUUGCAUAGUAGAGUUUAGAGUUGCACUUACGGAUAUAGCGCCGAACUGUAUUUACUAACAUUGGUUUUCUGAAGUGUUCCUGAGAACCACGUGGUGAUAACCUUUACACAUUGAUGUACAUUUUUGAUGCAUCAAUGUUGGUUUUCGGCCUUGCCGCUUACAUGCAGUGAUUUCUCCAGAUUCUCUGAACCUUUUAAUGAUAUCAACCGUAGAUGAUGAAAUCCCUAAAUUCCUUGCAAUUGUACGUUGAGGAACAGUCCUUAAACUGUUCGACUAUUUUCUCAUGCACUUGUUCACACAGAGGUGAACCUCGCCCCAUCUUUGCUUGUGAAUGACUGAGGAAUUCAGGGAAGUUCCUUUUGUACCCAAUCAUGGCACCCACCUGUUCCCAAUUAGCCAGUUCACCUGUGGGAUGUUCCAAACAGGUGUUUGAUGAGCAUUCCUCAACUUUCUCAGUCUUUUUUGCCACCUGUCCCAGCUUUUUUGGAACGUGUUCCAGCCAUAAAAUUCUAAGUUAAUGAUUAUUUGCUAAAAACAAUCAAGUUUAAACAUUAAAUAUCUUGCUUUUGUAGUGUAUUCAAUUAAAUAUAGGUCGAACAUGAUUUGCAAAUCUUUGUAUUCUGUUUUUAUUUGUUUAACACAAUGUCCCAAAUUGUUUGGAAUUGGGGUUGUACAUUUACAGUAGCUUACGGUUUUUAAAGUUGUAAGCUGUUGCUUGGUUGAUUUCUUUUUGCUUUGUCUAAUGAGCCAAAAUUUUAGUUGCGAGCGAGCCUCAGAUAGGCUGCUGUUUGAGUGAAGUGAAAAAUAGAGAGCCAUAGUCGCCGAUGCACUUUAAGCCAUUAAUUAAACUAAGACUAACGACCAUGUUCCUGACGUCACUCAUUAGGCCAUUUCCUGUAAACGGACACUACAGCUAUUGUUGUCCAAUAAUUCCAGCUCAUAGUUUUUUUUUGUUAUAUUCUCUCUUGUUUUAUUAUGUAUAUACUAUACAGUGCUAUUUUUCUUUAAAUAAUGAUAUGCUCCUAGAACGGCUGGAAUGGACUAAUGAUUUGAUAUAUGAGUAAACUGAAUUACAAGCUUGGCAUUGGAACAAACUCAUAAAUCAAGGUACAACUGUAUAUGAUUGAAUUUUAUUUUAAGUCCUUGAUGCUUCCUGAAACGAGGUUUACUUGUAUUUCAUUCUGCUCCCCUGUGUGUGUGUGUGUGUGUGUGUG